GGGAGAAAUAGCAAAAUUACUUGGGAUGGAAAGUUAUAGUCAACUUUUUUUAAUGGAUAAGAUGGCAAAAAAUCCAGAAAAUGUGCAAACAUUUUUGCAUUCGCUUGCUGAUCAUCACCGGCCAAAGGCUCUUGCCGAUCUAAGACUUUUGCAAGAAGCGAAAAUGAAAUACACACAAAGUAAAAAAUUACCAACCAUAUAUGCAUGGGACCGAGAUUUCUAUAUCGAAAAAGUUAGAUUAAAUUCAUCGACUCAAUCAGUGGCACCUAUUUCGCAGUAUUUUUCCGUGGGCUCGGUUAUACAAGGUUUGUCCAAGUUAUUCUCACGGCUGUAUGGCAUAUCUUUUGAGCCUGCUGAUAUAUGGCCAGGAGAAGUUUGGCAUGAAGAUGUACGUAAGCUUGAUGUAAUCGAUGAAAGUGAAGGAAGGAUAGGAACUAUAUACUGUGAUCUGUUUAGUCGGUUUGGAAAAUAUCAAAAUGCCGCACACUACACAGUAAGAUGUUCCCGACGUGUUGAUGAUGAUGAUGGAAUAAAUGACAUUCCAUCUGGAAUCGAUCCGGCAGAUCUAGGGGAACUAGCAACUUCGAACGAAGGCGAAACGAUAAAAGGUAGGGCCGGUCGUUAUCAACUUCCAGUAGUCGUGCUUGUAUGCGAUUUUGGAAAGCCGAAAAAUUCUAAAAACCCUAGUUUGUUGAGUUGGGUGGAAGUUGAGACCUUAUUUCAUGAAAUGGGUCAUGCAAUGCAUUCAAUGAUUGGGCGCACUGAUUUUCACAAUGUGUCUGGCACGAGGUGCCCUACGGAUUUUGUAGAAUUACCCUCCAUAUUAAUGGAGCACUUUGUACAUUCCCCCAGUGUACUUUCACUUUUUGCAAAACACUUUGAGACUCGUGCACCAAUACCAUUGGAUCUUAUCUAUUCGCAUCGUAAUGCGCGCUCCAAAUUUUCCGCGAUGGAAACUCAGCAUCAAAUAUUAAUGGCUCUGUUGGAUCAAUUAUACCACUCUAAUCUUGCAAAUUCUUCCACAUUCGAUACCACAGCCAUUUUAGCAAAUCUACAAGAUACUGUGGGAUUGUAUCCAUCAGUGCCCGGAACUGCAUGGCAAGUACAAUUCGGACAUUUAUAUAGUUAUGGUGCCACAUACUACAGUUAUCUUUUCUGCAGAGUGUUGGCUGGUAAAAUAUGGCAAAACACAUUUGAAAAGGACCCGUUAUGUAGAGAGGCAGGAGGAAAGUUCAGAGAAGAGGUUUUAAGGUGGGGUGGUGCAAGGGAUCCAUGGAGUUGUAUUGGUGAAGUUUUAAAAGAUGAAAGAAUCAUGGCCGGUGAUAACAAGUCUGUUUCUAUUGUUGGCGAAUGGGUAGAUUACCUAUAA